CCUGCGCCGCUCUUACCUUUCGCUGCCCGACUUCACCUGUCGGGUCGAAACUCCAAAGGCUCCAAGGACAGCAGCUUCUCUGUGGCGCGACUGGACACUGAAACAGAAAAAAAAAAAAAGAAAAACCCCAGCGGACCAUGGAGUCUCCGCUGAAGGACUCCCCCGUCAGCGCCGGUUUCCACAGGCAGGAGGUCCAGAAGACGACGUGGGACGUCCCGGAGCGGUACACGGCGCUGCGCUCGGUCGGCUCCGGCGCUUAUGGGACAGUGUGCUCGGCCUCGGACCAGAAGGCCAAGGAGAAGGUGGCCAUCAAGAAGCUGUAUCGGCCUUUCCAGUCCCUCACCCACGCCAAGCGGGCCUACAGGGAGCUCCGGCUGCUCCGCCACAUCCAGCACGAAAACGUGAUCUGCCUCCUCGACGUCUUCACACCCGACUUCGCGCUGGAAAAAUUCCAAACCUUUUAUAUGGUGAUGCCGUUUGUAGCCCAGGACCUGGGCCACAUCAUGAAGAGGAGGAGAUUGUCUGAGCGCAUCAUCACGUACCUGUUCUACCAGCUUCUCAGAGGACUCAAGUACAUUCAUUCCGCAGGGAUCAUCCAUCGGGAUCUGAAGCCCGGCAACCUUGCUGUGAACGAGAACUGUGAAUUGAAGAUCCUGGAUUUCGGCCUGGCAAGACAGACAGAGAGUGAGAUGACCGGUUACGUUGUCACACGCUGGUACAGAGCACCAGAGGUCAUAUUCAACUGGAUGCACUACACUCAGACAGUGGAUGUCUGGUCAGCCGCCUGUAUCCUGGCAGAGAUGUUCACUAGCCAGGUACUUUUCCCCGGACAUGACAGUAUCGAUCAGCUGAAAAAGAUCCUCCGCCUGACGGGAACGCCAGACUCCUCCCUGGUUCAGAGGAUGCAGAGUAAAGACGCGCAGUCCUACGUGCAGGGUCUCCCUGCCCAAAAGAAGAAAAACUUCAAGGAGGUGUUCCCGUCCCUGGAUGAAAAUGCUGUAGACCUAAUGGAGGGCAUGCUGCUGCUGGAUCCAGAGAUGAGGCUGACGGCCAAGCAGGGACUGUCCCAUCCCUUCCUGGCCGAAUACCACGACCCGGAGAGUGAGCCCGACUCCGAGCCUUACGACGACUCCUUCGAGAGCAUGGAGCUCGCUGUUGGCGAGUGGAAGAGUCUUAUCCACAUGGAGAUCAUGACCUUCGACCCCGACAAUCCCAGUAAAACAGCCAUGUAGGAUGCUGCGAUGUGCUGGCGCCUCCCAGUGUUUGGUGUGAUACCUACACAUCGUGCCGUAAAGGUCAACCACAUCUCAGAGAGACAAAUACAUAAAGUAUACCCUGUUCUCCUUAGUGCCUCUGACAUUUCUCGCAGAUAAAAUGCAUUUUACUAGGCGAAUGAAUUUCUAUCUGUUUCACAGCAAGCAUGUAAACUUGAAUAUUAAAAUCGUUUUUCACGAGG